AAUGUUGACUGUUGUUUACAUGACACAUAUAUGAGAGCCACGUCAGCUGCCACAUCAUGUUAUUAUUUUUAAAUUAAAAUAAAAUUAAAAUUAAAAUUAAAAUUAAUCCCUUUUUCUUCAUCUCAGAUUCACCAUCACCGUUCAAAUGGUGAACACACGAUGGACAAGGGACAGAUUCUGUUCAAUCUUGCUACGAAGAAGGAAUUGGGGGUGGGAGAUCAAUGCAGCGGCGGCGGGUGGCGACGAAGAAGAAUUGGGGGGAGGAGAUGGAUGCAGAGGCGGCGGGUGGUUGCGAAGAAAAGAAUUGGUGGUGGGAGGUCGAACGCUGGCGCCGCCGGCGACGAAGAAGAAUUGGGGGGAGGAGAUGGAUGCAGAGGCGGCGGGUGGUUGCGAAGAAGAAGAAUUGGUGGUGGGAGGUCGAACAAAAUGCUAUGUGAAUGCUAGCAGGUCCAUUGGGUGGACAAGCUUGAUUGAGCAAGCAGCUGUUGGAAUAAUAGAAGCAAGCAGGUGGCCGGUGAAGUUCGUAUCCACAAUUGCUAUCUAGCAUCUGAAAAUGGGAAUGGAAUUGGAAGUUGCGGACAGGGGGAAGCAAGCUCGUCAAGCUAGCAGGUCUGGAAUUGGGCAUUAAUUGGUGAUGAAUUAAAUGGAUAAGCUUUCACAAAGCUCAAUCAAGCAAGCAAAUCGCGACCCUGCAACUGCAAUCCCGCUCCUCGCCCUCCCCGUCGGCGCUGCCCGCUCCUGCUCCAGCACAGCUCCGCCUCCUCCUCCCCUUGCGCUCCUCCCUCCGCCAAUUCUAAAUCGACAAAACUGGUGGGAGACCCUUCUGCAUCCUCUGUGAAAACAACAAUACAAUCAACAGGCCCUUCCCGGACUCAGAGACCCGCCGGACAGCGUUGGUGUUGAAGAGACGGGACGAAGAUGGAGUGACGGCUUCCAUCAGGCGAUGAAGGUUGGGGAAGAUGUAUGUGGCUGACCGAGGUCGGAAACCUUCCAAAUCGCCGAGGAGGAGGAGGAGGAUGAAAGCUCGUACCCCUUCCAAAUCUCCGACCCCUUCUAAACCGUCGUACCCCUUCCAAAUCGUCGCCGCAGAUCUAAUUUCAACCCUUCUGUGUCUUGGUUUCAUUGGAUCUGGAUUUCUGGGUUUCAUUGGAUUUGCAGCGGCGGCGAGGCUUCAACGGGAGCAGCGAUUUCAGGUUGCGGCGGUCGAGGUUCAACGGGAGUAGUGGUUUUCAGGUUGCGGCGGCGGAGGUUGGGAGAAGGGAGAGGGAAUGGUAAUUUGUAUGUUUAUUUUGUAAUUUUUUUUUAUUUUCUUAUAUGGAAAUAAUUAUAAUAAAUCAAUAUUAUAAAUUCCACUUCAGAUGCCACAUCAUCACUGGCUAGACUUUCUGUUAAAAACUAACGGUCAACCCUGGUAAACUCUAACGGGAAAAUAGUUUAGGACACAAAUGUCAUAUUGGAUACUUUAGGACACAAAUGGCACAUUAUUCAUAGUUCGGGUUUUCUAGUGGUAUUUGCCCUAAGAUUUAAUCAAUGAGCUGGCUCGUGUUCAACUCGACUCGUUUAUAAACGAGCCGAACAUGAAGAAGUCAAAACUCGGCUCGGCUCGACUCAUUAACAGCCCUACUUGUGAGUAGUGAUGACAAAUUAGCAAUGGGGCGUGGCAGGGCGGGUAAGCGGGUACCUCAAUUCCCAUGUCCCGCCCCACGCUACUGCGAGCCGGGGCAGAUAAUAUCCGCAAGGGGACGAGCAAAAUUUUACUUUUUACGAGAAACUGAAGGAUAAAGCACUUUAUGAAUAAAAAAUAAUGAAAAUAGAAUGGGUAAUUGAGUCUAAUUAGUUGAAGAAAAGUCAAAAUAGGAGAAAUAUGAAUAGAUACUCUAAGAAAUUGAGAUAGAAUGG